UAUAUAUAAAUUUUGAUCAUUGUUCAUUUUUUAAAUUCGCAAUAUUCAAAAUAAUCAUCGAUUUGUUUGAAAAUUCAUUCAUUUGCUGUUGUUGUUAAUGAUGGAACCAAAUAAUGUUAGUUAUUAUCCAAAUGAUGAUCCUGGUGCUAAUCAAUUAGGACAAUAUGCACAGGAACAUCAAGGCCAAAAGCCACAAUAUAUAACAACAUCGGCUGGACGUCGUGUUGGUGAUUUUCGUAAUGUUAUAACGGUUGGUCCACGUGGUCCAAUGUUAUUGGAUGAUAUUCAAUGGAUGGAAGAAAUGACACAUUUUAAUCGUGAACGUAUACCAGAACGUGUUGUUCAUGCUAAAGGUGCUGGUGCAUUUGGUUAUUUUGAAGUUACCAAUACUGAAAUCAGUAAAUAUUGUCGUGCUGAUUUGUUCAGUAAAUUAGGAAAACGUACACGUGUUGCAGCCAGAUUUUCAACUGUAGCACGUGAACGUGGUUCAGCCGAUACUGUACGUGAUGUUCGUGGAUUUGCAAUAAGAUUCUAUACUGAUCAAGGAAAUUGGGAUCUUGUUGGCAAUAAUACACCAAUAUUUUUUAUUCGUGAUCCAUAUUUUUUUAUGCGUUUCAUACAUUCACAAAAACGUAAUCCACAAACAAAUCUUUUAGAUUAUAAUGCCCGAUGGGAUUUUUUUACAUUACGUCCGGAAUCAUUACAUCAGGUAACAUGGAUGUAUAGUGAUAAAGGUAUACCGAAUGGUUUUCGUCAUAUGGAUGGUUGGGGUUCACAUACCUAUAAAUUGGUAAAUAACCAAAAUGAACCAGUUUAUAAUAAAUUCUAUUGGCGUACCAAUCAAGGUGUCCAAAAUUUGACCGUAGAUCAAGCAAAUCAAUUGGCUUCAAAUGAUCCAGAUUAUGGUGUUCAUGAUCUGUAUGAUUCGAUUGAUCGAAAACAAUAUCCAAGUUGGACACUUUUCGUACAAAUUAUGACCUAUGAACAAGCAAAACGUUUUGAAUUUAAUCCAUUUGAUUUGACAAAAAUUUGGCCUGAAAAGGAUUAUCCAUUAAUGGAAGUUGGUCGAAUGAUUUUGAAUGAAAAUCCUCAAAAUUAUUUUGCACAAAUUGAACAAUUAGCAUUUAGUGUAUCGAAUCGUAUACAAGGUAUUGAAUUUUCACCCGAUAAAAUGUUACAGGCACGUGUAUUUGCCUAUGGUGAUGCACAUCGUUAUAGAAUCGGUGCCAAUGCUAAUCUAAUUCCGGUUAAUCGUCCACGUGUACCGAUACGAACACCAACUGAACGUGAUGGUAGAAUGAUGACCGAUGAUAAUCAAAAUGGUGCACCAAAUUAUUGGCCAAAUUCAUUUGAUAAUAAUCGUGAUGAUCCAAUUGGUUCGAAUGAAUUACGUCAACAUGUAACAACAACUGAUAUUGAUCGUUUUGAAUCCAGUGAUGAAGAUAAUUAUACACAAGUUAGACAAUUAUAUUUAAGUUUUGAUCAAUCCGAACAAGAUCGUCUUCAUCAGAAUAUAGCCGAAGAUUUACAAUAUUGUUACCAAUUUAUUGUUGAACGUGCAUUGAAUCAUUUCGAGAAAAUACAUUUGAAUUAUGCAGAUGGUAUUCGUCGUUCAUUAGAAAAUCUUCGUAUACAAAACAAAUGAAAGUGAAGUAAAAAUGAAUUUUUUCUGUU